AUGGGCACCGUCUCCAUGAACGGCACACCAGCCGAUUACCACGCCGCCUCCAGCGCGGAAGCCAUUGAUGCUGAGCAUGAAUUCGCCGCCCAUAACUACCAUCCGCUCCCUAUUGUCUUUGCCCGCGCACAGGGUACUUCAGUCUGGGAUCCUGAAGGUUGUCACUACCUUGACUUCCUCUCUGCCUACUCUGCUGUGAAUCAAGGCCACUGCCACCCGGAGUUAGUCGCAGCACUGGUUGACCAAGCGUCCCGCUUAACCUUGAGCUCCCGCGCGUUCUACAACGAUGUGUUCCCUCGCUUUGCACAAUUUGUUACCAGCUUCUUUGGAUUUGACAUGGUGCUGCCUAUGAAUACUGGAGCCGAGGCCGUUGAGACAAGCAUUAAGAUUGCCCGUAAGUGGGGAUAUAAGGAAAAGGGCAUCCCGGAAAACAAAGCUGUUGUCCUGAGUGCCGAAAAUAACUUCCAUGGCCGCACUUUCUGCGCUAUGUCCCUAUCCUCUGAUCCCGAAUCGCGGGAACAUUACGGUCCUUUCCUGCCUGGGAUUGGUUGCGCUAUUCCGGGGACCAAGAAGGCUAUAACCUUUGGCAACAAAGCAGUCCUUCAAGACGCUUUCAAGGCUGCUGGAGACAACCUUGCGGCUUUCCUCGUCGAGCCUAUCCAAGGUGAGGCCGGCAUUGUCGUUCCUGAUGAGGAUUACCUCCGCGAGGCCCGCAUGCUUUGUGAUAGGCAUAAUGUCCUCUUAAUCUGCGACGAGAUUCAGACAGGCAUCGCCCGGACGGGAAAGAUGCUGUGUCAUGAGUGGAGUGGUAUCAAGCCUGAUUUGGUGCUAUUAGGCAAGGCUAUCUCAGGGGGGCUAUACCCCGUGUCAUGCGUGCUUGGUCGCAAGGAUGUCAUGGCGACAAUUGAACCAGGGACACAUGGGUCAACCUAUGGUGGUAACCCUCUAGGCUGCGCGGUGGCAAUUCGCGCGCUUGAAGUGGUACGUGAUGAGCAGAUGGUCGAGCGGGCGGAGAGUCUGGGUCAGAUCUUCCGAGAAGGACUGGAGUCUCUGGCUCUGAAGAACCCGAUUAUACAGAUUGUCCGAGGCAAAGGCCUGCUGAACGCGAUUGUCAUCGAUGAGAGCAAGACCAAUGGCCACAGCGCGUGGGAACUGUGCUUACUGAUGAAGCAAAAAGGCUUGCUGGCUAAACCGACUCAUCAGAACAUCAUUCGCCUGGCUCCUCCGCUGAUAAUCACCGAAGAGGAGAUCCAGAAGGCGCUCAAGAUCAUCGAAGAGGGGGCAUCUGAGCUUCCUAACAUCAAGGGGGCUGUUGAGCAACCGGUCAUAUGA